CAAUCUCACCAAUAUUGAGGCACAAAAUACCACCAGGCCGAAGAGAGGAGCAGGCAGAUCCCAGCGAUGGACGCGCUCAAGGCAGAGAUUGCCGCGCGCAAGAAGCGCAAGGCGCAGGCGGGCUCGCCGUCCUCAUCGCCUCAGCCUGCCUCUUCUGCCACUGCCUCUGCUGCUGCUGCUCCUACGGGAAACGAAGAAAAGGAGAAGAGGUACAUGCGGCGGGGCGAAGAGGAGGAGGAAGAGCGCCGCCGUCGCGAGCUCGAGGAGGAGAGGGAGCAAGAAGAAAAGAGACGGAAGCGACGCAAAGAGGAGGCACUCCGGCACAAGUCAAGGUCGAGAACGCCAGAUCCAACGACGAACGCCUCAGCUUCUUCGUCAGCCUCUGCUGCUGCUGCAGCUGUUCCUGCCUCUGCCACCGUGGCCGAGGAGGCAGCGGCUUCGGCCAUCAGCUCUGCCCGUAAGGAAGCCUUCAACAUCUCGCCCCAGGAGGCCGUGCAGCGGCUGCGAGCAAAAGGCCAGCCGAUUCGCCUCUUUGCAGAGUCGGACAAGGAGCGUCGUCUGCGGCUCCGCGCCCUCGAGCUCAUCGAGGAGCGCGGCCAGAAGGUGGGGCAGAACGACUUUAUGAAGGCACUCCAAGGCGCCGAGUCGGGCAUUGCUCUCGAGGAGCUCGAGCGAGGCAGCCGCCGGAUGGAUCGGAGCGACAAGGAGGCCGACAACAACAACAAGAAUCCCAACGAGGCCGAUGCUAAUGGUCAUGCGAGGGACAAUGACGGCGACGGGCGCUCAGUCGACAACGAGCGCGAGUCGCGGCCCGGCGUGGGCAUGAACAGCCUGCUGGAUCUCAGCCUGAUUCGGACCGACAUUCACAAGGUGUAUCCGAUCAUCUACUACACCCUCAAGCAGCUCCUCACCGACUGGGAGGCCGCCCUCUCGCAGCGGCCCGCCGAGGUCAAGGCGACGACGCAGGGCAAGCUCGUGGCGGCGACACAGAGGCAGACGGCAGAGUACCUCAAGCCCCUCUUCAAGAAGCUCCGUCAGCGGCAAUUGGAGCCCGACGUGCUGAUGCGCAUCGCCGAGAUUGUCCACUACAUGCAGAAGCGCGAAUACCGCCACGCAAACGACUCGUACCUCCAGCUCUCGAUUGGCAACGCGCCCUGGCCCAUCGGCGUCACCAUGGUCGGCAUCCACGAGCGCUCGGGCCGGGAAAAGAUCUUCAGCUCCAAUGUGGCCCAUGUGCUCAACGACGAGGUCAGCCGCAAGUACAUCCAGAGCCUCAAGCGGCUCAUGACGUUUGCCCAGACCAAGUGGCCGCCGACAAACCUGGCCAUGCUGAUGGGCUGACGCGGUGUGCAUCUUUCGUGCAUGUAUGCAUGCACUUUGUAACAGUAGCAGUAGUAGCGUUUUGCAAUUAUGGUGAAGGGUGAUGAUGAUGAUGAUGAAC